UUUACUAUGCGGCUAUAAAUGUCUACAAACAGUGUUUAAACAACCUCCCGGAGUUUUGGGACGCUUGUCCCACAAUUUAUAAAAGGAUAUUUUUUCCCCAUGGCGGACGAUAAACAGCUAAGCUUAAGCUAAACUAAAAACAAAUCAAGGCUAAUCUAAAGAAACAACGGAGUGACUGUACCGAACUUAACUAAACUUGACCAUGCAAAGCGAUAAAGGAACAAAGCGCAAAGACAAGAAUAAAGGAGUUGCCUACCUAGAAGGAAUGAUUUUUGGCGUGCCCCUUGACGUGAACAAGGCUCGGAGUUCCUCCGCUAACGCUACGUCCAAGACUUCUUUCCAUCCUUCUUCGGUCAAUAUGGACCAUGACUAUGACUGCACAGGUCUGCAAACCCAGCUCGAUGGUGAUGAUGAUCUAGUUCCUCUGCCACCAUCUGCCACAGAUACUCCAGUAAAACCAAGAGAGAAAAAACAAAAGGCAGAGAUGUCUUUAGCUGAUCUACAAGCUAGCAUCCUCACUGCAAUCAAUGUGCGCGCCGACAACUUGGAAGGCAUGAUUACUAAGAAUGCGGAAGUCCAGGCUGCUAGCGUAAAAUAUGAACAACAGAUUGCAGACUUGCAGCGAAAGGUCAAUGAAGCAGAACGUUAUACUCGCAGAUGGAACCUCAGACUUCACGGCAUCCCUGAAGACAACCCAGAAGACAUCAAGGCCAAAGUUAUCAACAUUUGCUUUUCUAUGUUGCCUGGUUCUCAGCAGAAAAUUACAGAUAAUAUUGACAUGACACAUCGCCUAGGGAAAUACCAGAGUUCCCAAAACCAGCUAAGAACCACCAUCAUCCGCUUCACAAACAGAUCCACAAGAGAUCUUCUGUGGAGAGUGGCAAAAAAGAGCGAAUACCUCAAAAACCACAAGCUGAGAUUUACUGAAGAUCUAACAGCUGAAGACAAGGCAAUACGCAACAAGCUGUGGCCAAUGAUUGAAGCGGCAAGGAAAAAUGGGAAAAAGGCUCACUUUGCAGGCACCCGUGUUAUCGUCGAUGGAAAAGAAACAUGCCCAGACAAUAGUGAUGCUUUGCAGGCUAAUACCCCAUCCAGUGGUGGAUCCACUCAGUUAAAAGGUCGCUGAACUCAACGCAACUUCACUCAGAAUGAUCGACAAAGAAAAUUGAAGAAGAAUGAGGAGGAACAGAAGUGCCUUCACAGGUUGUAGAAUACUGAAGACAACAGACAAUACAAGGGCUCGUUAUCACAAGUAUGGCUAAAGUUUUAAGGGAGGAGCGUUAAAAUUCAAAGGACAAUUUUGGACCUUUAUCUCUUCCCACUUAACUUCUUGUCCUUUUCUGGAUUAAAAGUUUAAGUGUUGCUAAACUUCUAUAUGUUCUACCUCAUUGAUGGUAUGUUUAACACUGGUUUAUAUGUUAAUAGGUACAUUUUUAAAUUCUCAGGGAUAGAGAUUUUUUUUUUCUUCGUUACUUGAAACUAUCUUUCUAUAGUUCUUGUUCGUAGUAUAUUUUUUUUGUUACAUUGUGUUUCUCUGUUUCUCUUAAUGUCAGGGGGUUAAGACAAAACAUUAAAAGGAAAGCUUUAUUUUUAUUUGCAAAACAACAAAAAACUGAUUUCGCUUUCUUUCAGGAGACACACUCGCUUAAGAACGAUACAACUUUUUGGAAGACCCAAUGGGGCAAUGACAUCUGGUUAUCUCAUUGUUCAGAAAGAGCAGCAGG